AUGCCUUCAUCUCCCUCUCAGGAGCAACAGAACUACCACCAGGACUCUGGGGCUGCCAUUAACCUACAGAUCAACCUAGAGCUCUAUGCCUCCUACAUCUACUUGUCUAUGUCUUACUACUUCAACCAAGAUCACGUGGCCCUGUAUUUCCUACACAAGUCCCAUGAGGAGUGGGAGCAUGCUGAGGAGCUGGUGAAACUGCAGGACCAACGUGGAGGCCGCAUCUUCAUGCAAGACAUCAAGAAACCAGAUCUCAAUUACUGGGAAAUUGGACUAAACUCAGUGGACUAUGCUGUGCAUUUGGAAAAUUGUCAGUCAUUACUGCAACUGCACAAGCUGGCAACUGACAAAAAUGACCCUCACUGA